CCCUCUCCAGCGAUGGGUCAGAAGAUCUCGGGCAGCAUCAAGUCGGUUGACGCACGGGGCGAUCCCUCCUAUCGGCCUGUCCGCCGUGAGCUGCGGGGUCCAGACUUCUGCCGGCCUCCUCGUCUUGACCUACUUUUGGACAUGCCCCCUGCGACCUCUGACCUGCAGCUCCACCAUGCCUGGAACCCAGAGGACCGCUCGCUCAAUGUCUUUGUCAAGGAGGACGACAAGCUGACCUUCCACCGCCACCCGGUGGCCCAGAGCACCGACUGCAUCCGCGGCCAGUUGGGCUACACACGGGGGCUCCAUGUCUGGCGGAUCCACUGGCCGGCGAGACAACGAGGAACACACGCUGUCGUAGGGGUGGGCACGGCUGAUGCUCUUCUACACUCUGUGGGUUACACAGCCCUGGUGGGUUCGGACUGUGAGUCGUGGGGCUGGGACUUGGGCCGGAACAGACUCUACCACGACAGUAAGAACCGGCCGGCCUCCACCUCGGCACCAACAUACCCGUGUUUCCUGGAGGCAGACGAGUCGUUUGUUCUGCCGGAUGCCCUGCUGGUGGUGCUGGACAUGGACGAGGGCACGCUUAGCUUCAUGGUGGACGGCCAGUACCUGGGCGUGGCCUUCAGAGGGUUAAAGGGCAGGAGGCUGUACCCUAUCGUCAGUGCCGUGUGGGGACACUGUGAGGUCUCCAUCCGCUACGUCAAUGGACUCGAUCCGGAGCCCCUCCCCCUGAUGGACCUGUGCAGGCGAGUGGCCAGGCUGGCUCUGGGGCGGGACCGAGUCAACCAGAUAGACACCCUCCCUCUGCCAGAGACCAUCAAGAACUACCUCCAGUACCAGUGAACCUACACACACCAGGACAACGAACGACUGCUUGACGACAGCUACAUUUCACUACAGUCAACCCCAAACAAUUGAACCCUGAAACACUGGACAUCUACUGAGAAUGAUGAUGAUGGUCGGGAGGAAGCCUAUAAAGGAGUUGCGAGUUUCCUUUUAGGAUGUGUCCAUUUUGAACUCGAUUGUUUCAGUUUGCUCACUGCUGUCCCCCAGAUGGACAGAUGAGUGAUUGAUGGACAGGCGGAGGUAGAUGGGUGUGAGACUGGACAAUAGCAGAAGUGUUGGGCUAUGAUGCUGGCUUCUCAUUGGGUCUAUAGCGUGUAAGCUUCUAGAAUAUAUUCCUGGAGGAACAGGGUGUUUUGGGGAUGAUGCACACAUAGUUACUGUACAUCUAUACAGACUCUCUGGAAGCCUCUCUGAACAUGUAGAUAUUUUGACUCUAUAGCAGGCUCUACUGAGGCUCACCAGCCCCUAGCCACAGGGACGCGAACAUCGUUCAACGCAUGCAUAUGCAAACACUAGCUCAUGCUCAGAGGGGCUGUUUUCACUGUGUGAGGUUUUAUGUAUGUGUGGGUUGGUGCGUGUCGGUCUUGCUCCGCAACAGGCACACUAAGACAGUCUGAACCACUGAGUUUGGCAACACUGCAGCCUUGAUAUCUCUAGUCCCCUGCUGCACUGCACCUUCCUCACCUCAACUGGCAGUCUCCCUUUAUUUAUCAGUGGGUUUCAUUGGAUCCAUGCCUCUGUCUGGGUGAGUGACUGGGGUGCAUCCACAGUGGCACCCUAUUCCCUACAUAGUGCACUACACUUGAUCAGAUGGCGUGCACUAUGUAGGGAAUAUGGUGCCAUUGUGGACAUACCUGGAAUGUUGUCAGUCAGUGUGAUGCGUUAAAGCUGAGGUUGGUCUGAUGGCCAAUCUGUUACUGUUUAUGUGCCUGCUCAGAGAAAGUACAUCUAUCACAGGAGACAAAGACCUGCUGCUUUUUUCCCUCUUUCCGUUCUUAUCCUGAUGGUGAUUAUUCCUUUAGGUAUAUGUUCUGUUUUUAUGACUGGGGAUUUAGUUUGUUUCUGAUUUUUGUUUUCUAUGGUUUUGAGAUCUAUUUGCUGGAUAGGAAGUGACCGGGUGAGACAGGAAGUCUCGCUGAGAGAGACUGAUCGAGGAAUGUGCUGCCAUGAGAAUCUUUUAAAUGUGAAUAAAACACAAACAAAGUGAA